CGCCAAAAAAGCCCUACUUUGACUUUGAGUAUAAUCCAAGAAAACCCUAGAACUUACCUCCCCCAUCCAUCUCCUAAUUGACCUCUCCCCUAAUUCCUUACAUAUAUAUAACCCUCCCUUCCCUUCACGUAUACCCUCUCAUCUCAUCAAUCCUCCAUCCCAAUCCAUAUAUGUGUGGUUUGUCGUUGCAUUCGACUUACGAUGAGCAACAUCCCUAGGUCUUUAACCGACUCGUCCUUCACCCUCUUCAAGCUCGCGAUCUCAGCCUCCGACCCGUGGCCUUUCUCUCUCGUCUUCUUAUAAUAUCCGGUUCCCGACCCUCCUCGCCUCCUGAUAACUUGAUCUAGUCUAGAGAGGUCUCUUUUUGGCUGCUGCCGGAUAAGUGUACAGUCCUUUUUGCGUCGCGUGCAGCAACAUACAAUGGGGCUCGACAAGAACCACCCGAGCUUUCACUUCUUCCAUCUGCCGCAUCUCCACUUUCACCACCACAACCACCCCCACCACGAGAAGAAGGAGCUGAAGGACAUCCCGAAAGGGUGCAUGGCAGUCCUGGUGGGACAAGGAGAGGAGCAGAAGAGGUUCGUGAUCCCGGUCGACUAUAUCAAUCACCGGCUCUUCGUGCAGCUGCUUAAGGAGGCCGAGGAAGAGUUCGGGUUCGAUCAGAAGGGGCCCAUCACGAUCCCGUGCCAUGUGGAGGAGUUCCGGAGCAUCCAGGACUCGAUCAACAGGGAGAAUCUAGCCCUCGACCACCACCACCACCACCACCACCAUCACCACCACGGCCAUGGCCGGUGUUUUAGGGUUUGAAUCCGAUGAUGGGUCAUGAAGCCUUCUUUCUUCUACCAGGAUCUUAAUUUCUUAAUUUUUUUUAGGGUUCUUUAAGAUUUGUUUAGUAUUAUUAGUUAGGGUUGUAUAGGUCUUUUUCUUUUUGGGUCAAUUGUUUUAGAAGUUUAAUUUUUCUAGCUGUUGGCUUGAUUGACGUAAGCGAUCGCUAAGGUUGUUGAUGAUAUGUCGACGAAAAUUUAAUGUUGGGUUUUCUUGAUUUCUGGGUUUUUUUUUCUUUUUUUUUAAUGAGAAAGAAAAUACACAAAUUAAUUGUAUA